AUGGAAUGUCCAAUGUGCUAUGAAUUCUAUGCUCUAGAUAGAGUGGCAAGAAACCUUCUCUGUGGUCACACUUACUGCACUAUAUGUCUUGAAACUAUGUAUAAAGUAAGUAAGAGAAUCGAAUGUCCUAUUUGCAGGACAAAACAUGAACCGAAUGUUAAACCAAAUAAUUUAAGCAAGAAUUUUGUGGCCAUGGAUUUGGCCUCUAAGCAUUUAGAAGAAUAGUAAGCUGGACCCUUUAACAAUUAGAAAAACAUUUGA